AUGGAAGGGGACAACGCAUCGGUUAGGGCUGAAAUGUUGCAAAGAGCAGCUCUGCUUGCGGCUGGCGAACACAGUGAAGAAGCCUGGUACCUAGUUCACCUGUUUCAACGCACACAACCCGAAGAAUUGCUCCGAAUAUGCCAUUUUACUCUUGCAACAUUUCUCGAGCUUGACUACGAGUACUUUGACGAAGGAUGGCCCUUAAGAUCGCGUCUGGAUACCACUCCUGAUGCCACCCUGUUAAUCAAUCGUCCCUCCCGCCACCGAAGUCGUAUAUGGAGACCUAAAUGUGGGCGCUUCCGUUCCAGAUCUCCGCCUCAAAGACCUGUAUUGGAGUCCGACCAGGGGGCCUGUAGACAAUGCCACGGUAUUGAUCUGACAGAUCUAUCGACCUUUGACACCCCAAAGAUGAAGUUGGGUUGGAUAAAGGGAAGGAACCUACUUCCAUCAAAGUUGUCCGUUUUCACGUUGACACCCUCAUCUGCCCUACCCACGACAAUCGGAAGUCCUCUGUCAAGGAACAUCGACUUCAUCCUUUGUCAGUACAUCAUCGACUUUCUGCUGGGCAGACCUGUUAAGAAUAAUAAUAUAACCUUGAGAGAAGGAUUUAACCAGCCUUUUUUUAACUUGCUAGAUUUAUUGUCAACAGAAGGUCUUUUCCGUCGUCCCGGUAGCCUCUCCCGAACGAAACACUUGUAUACCCAGUUAAAAAACUAUGUACUCAGUGGAUACUUAGGUACCGUACGACCGUGUUCUUCGGCUACUUGUGUGUCAACAGUAAAUUCCAGCAGACCCGCCCAAUCCCAACGUUGCACAGAUAUUACCUGUCUCCUAGACUCUGCACUGGUGUACGACGUGGCUGGCGUCCUUCUACGGUGUCUGUCGUCGGCCCGAAUAGCCACCAACAACAGCAACAACUCCGACACUGGUUUGAUUCCUCCCAAGGCCACCGAACUUUUUGUCCAAACAACUCAAUUACAGUACCAUCUCAAAGAUCGUCACCCCCCAUACCGUUUGGACCCUUCUAACGAUUGGAUGCACCUUCUCUGCCAUGGAAGACAGCUCCUUGCUUAUAGAAUCAUUAUUCAACUACUUCUUCCUAGUCCAGAGCGUCAUCUUCUAAUGAAAUUACUCUCACUCCUACAUAAGGUUGCCUCCAACACACUUGAAACAAAGAUGUCCUCCGAAGCGCUUGCAAGGUGUCUGGCUGUGGCUGUUUUUGGCCUGCCCGAAGAGACGGAAGCUAUGGGAAGCUAUAUCGACACCUUGAUUAACCUAAUUGAACUAUUUGAAGAAUUGGAGAUAUUGCCAAUGACUAUCUACCAUAAAGUGCGGGCUUUCCUCAAGUCGAGAUUGGGAACAUCGCCGCAGAAGAGGUCAAAUAAAAUCGGGAAUGAGUGCGGUAGAUGCAUUCCAGUUACGAUCGAUAAAUCUGCCCUAAAAAGAAGCUGGGCAACCUGUCAGGUGUUACCUGGCACUACUGCCGUGAACACGCCACCGAGGUCAUUUGGCUACGCAAGUAAGGAAAACCGACCCUUCCCACUGUCACAUUUGUGCAUCUGGUCUAGGAGCCCUCAGCCAGAAAACUGGAUUUCUGGGACCUCUCCGAGGUCCCCUGAAGCAGGUAAAAAAGAGCCGUCUGAGGAGAGGCCUCCACGAGCGCAUAGUCCCUUCAGAAACUGGAAAAAACGGCGCUCCACGGAGUCGCUGAAAAAAUCCAGGUCCCUUUGCUUGGACCCCAAAUCGGCUUUGAAGAAUGCGGACAAGGGCCUUUCCUCGAGGCAUUAG